ACAACCACUCACCAGAAAAAUCACUUCCCGGAGUCUCUGAGAAGCCCAUCUGGUCCAAAGUAACUCCCGGAGCUGAACCCAGACCUCCAGAGCUGUCUCACUUCCCCUUUCCCAAGAGUCCACUGGCCACUUCCUCAUACUGAGCCAAACUUUUUCAGACUGACUGGUACUUUGCCAGGCCCUGUGUAACCCUCCGGAAGCUGCCUGCUCAAUCAACGAUUUCAACCCCACAGCUGGCUGGUGGUAAGCAGGGCGCAGCACACAGCCUCCAGCACCUGGAGCAGCUUUUGGGCCGGUGACCUCCAGGACUGCCAUGAUGUCCCAGGUCAGUGACCACUUGGUGCUGUCUGAUUUUGACUUCCUGGAGAACAGCAGUUUCCCCUAUGACUAUGCAGAAAACGAGUCGACCCCCUGCUGUUCCUCUCCACCCUGCAGCCAUGACUUCAGCCUGACCUUUGACCUGGCCUUCUUGCCCACCCUCUACAGCCUCCUUUUCUUUUUUGGCCUGUUGGGCAAUGGAGCUGUGGCAGUUGUCCUUCUGAGGCAGCACCGGGCCCCGAGUGGUACCGACACCUUCCUGCUCCAUCUGGCCCUGGCUGACGUGCUCCUGGUGCUGACCCUGCCACUCUGGGCCGUGGAGGCUGCUCGGGAGUGGGUCUUCGGCUCAGGCCUCUGCAAGGUGGCAGGGGCCCUCUUCAAGAUCAAUUUCUACGCAGGAGCCUUUUUACUGGCCUGUAUCAGUUUUGACCGCUACCUGAACAUCGUACAUGCCACCCAACUCUACCGGCGGGGCCCCGGGACACGUGUGACCCUCACUUGUGCCAUCGUCUGGGGACUCUGCCUGCUACUGGCCUUUCCAGACCUGCUCUUCCUGUCGGCCCAGCGUGAACCUCGCCUCAAUGCCACCCGUUGCCUUCAUACCUUCCCCCAGACCGGCCACACGGCCUUGCAUAUCCUGCAGCUCCUAGCUGGCUUCCUCUUACCACUGCUCAUCAUGGCCUAUUGUUACACUCACAUCCUCCUAGUAUUGCUGGGCUCUCGGGGGCAGCGAAGACUUCGGGCCAUGAGGGUAGUGGUAACUGUGGUAGUGGCCUUUGCCCUCUGCUGGACGCCCUACCACCUGGUCAUGCUGGUGGACAUACUCAUUGAUCUGAAUGCAGUGAGCCGGGACUGUGAGUGGGAGAGCCAACUGGACGUGGCCAAGUCUAUCACUUCGGGCCUCGGCUUUGUGCACUGCUGCCUCAACCCCCUGCUCUAUGCUUUCGUGGGGGUCAAGUUCCGAGGCCAGCUGCGGACGCAGCUAGGGAGGCUGGGCUGCCCAGGCCAAGAGGCCCUCCUGCGGCCAACUCCGUCAUCUUCCAGGAGGGAUUCCUCGUGGUCAGAGACCACAGAAGCGUCAAUCUCAGGACUGUAGAGAUGCAGACCUUGGCCUUCGCUUGCCUGCCCCUCCCCCCAUUUCUCCACAGAUCCAGCCUUGGCAGGGCUUCUUUACCUGGGGUCCACGAACUUGGGUGAGGGGGAAAAAAAAAAAAAAGGACAUCUUUCUUUUGACUAACCUCUAACUGAAAUUUAGCAUUUCCUUCAAUUAUGAAUAUGGGUAACAAACGAUUCUUCUGAGGUUUUUUGCCCAGCCUGCCAAAGGGCUCCACGAUGCCAGGUGCAGAACCCCUGGACUACAGUGCCCAAAGCAGCAGCCCAGAUUUGAGUGGAGGCCCAAAGAGACAGACACUGGUCCUGUAUAGGCAAGGCUAGAGCUGGCCUAGGUCUAUGGUCACUGACAAAGAAUGUGCUGAGGCUUCAGGAGGUGAAGGGAGGACAGAGCAAAACAAGUAAUAAAAAGGAUUUCCAGUCACUUGGGUCCCUGCAGUUGUCCCCUGAAGGGGAUGGGGGUGGAGGGGGGGAGGGGGGAAUUCCAGAAGAAUCUGGGCGGACCCCUGGGAAGCGCCGGUUGGUGGUAUGUAAAUAAAAGCCUUGACUAAUGCCAUGAAAAGAUUUUAUUCUUCACAAUAAACUCCAAUGCUUAGUGCUUA